CUGCUGCUGCGGGGAAGUUAGUGUGCGUUCAUCUCGCUGACUUUGUGCUUUUAUUUCAUGCAUUUAUGAGGUAAUGUCUCAGGGCGACACAGGAAGUGUAGUCUCUGGACUUGUUUUUGUCUUCUUUCAGAAGAUUUAACAUGUUGAGCAGAGCAGCAGUAUAACUUCUACUAAUAACACUAAGAAGAACUACACAGUCAGGGGAAGAGCCAAAGAGCAGGGCUGGGCUGGUGUUGUCUUUAAUCACUUUAAAAAAUAUAUUUUAUUUCAAGUCAAGAGAGUGAAACUGUGGUGGCAGCAGUCUAAAAUAAAGCAGAAAUGCACCCAACUGCCUUGGAGGCUGCUAUCCAGGUCGGGGAUUUACCCCUGUCCUACCCCGAGACCCAGCCCGACCUGGAAGAGGACGAUCUGGACCACGAGACGAGAAAACGAGGGCGAUACCAUCAGAGUUUGCAGUUACUGAAGCCUUUCAGGAUCACACACAAGCACCAGCACCCCGUGGACAAUGCAGGCCUUUUCUCCUUCAUGACCGUGCACUGGCUCUCUCCGCUAGCAUGGAAGGCUUACAAAGCUUCGUCCCUGACGAUAGAGGACAUUUGGGGCGUGUCCUACCACGAAGCCUCCGAGAAAAACUUUCACAGGCUGCAGGCUCUGUGGCACGCAGAGCUGAAGAGCAAAGGCGAAGAGGGAGCGUCCCUCUUCCGGGUUUUCUGGAGGUUCUGUAGGACGCGUGUGCUGGUGGCGUUGAUCUUUCUCCUCAUAUCUACCAUUACUGCCUUCAUCGGACCUGCUCUGCUGAUCCGAGCGUUGUUGGAGUACGCUCAGAGUUCAGAAGUGUGGCUUCCAUACGGCCUGGCUUUGGUCGGAGGGAUUUUCCUCACUGAGCUGAUUCGCUCUUGGUCUAUGGCUAUGGUGUGGAGUAUUAACUACCGCACGGCUGCACGUCUGCGAGGGGCAGCGCUCGCAUUUGCCUUUGAGAAAAUCCUACGUCUGCGCAGCACUAAAGGGAUCAGCACGGGAGAGCUGGUAAACAUCUGCUCCAGUGACGGCCAGCGGCUGUCCGAGGCCGUAACAGUAGGGUGCCUGCUAAGUGGAGGACCCGUGGUGGGUCUUCUCGCCCUGUCCUACAACACCUAUUUGCUGGGACCAACUGCACUUAUUGGCGCGGUGAUCUUAAUCAUCUUUAAUCCAUUAAUGAUGCUGGCCUCCAAGCUGACGGCCCACUUCCGCAAGAAAUGUGUGGUAGUCACGGACCAGCGCGUCAGACUGAUGAAUGAGAUCCUCAGCUGCAUCAGGUUCAUUAAGAUGUACUGCUGGGAAUCAGCCUUCUCCAGCAACGUCCACAAGGUUCGAUCAGAGGAAAGGAAAAUAUUGGAAAAAGCCAGUUUAGUUCAAAGUUUCACCAUUGGCGUGGCUCCCAUCGUUGUUGUGAUCGCCUGCGUGUGUACUUUCACUCUACACAUGGCCUUGGGCAACGAUCUCACCGCAGCACAGGCAUUCACCGUUGUGGCCAUCUUCAACUCCAUGACAUUCGCCCUAAAGGUUACACCCUUAUCAGUGCGUGGUUUAUCAGAAGGUGCUGUCGCCGUUAGGAGAUUCCAGAGACUCUUCAUGAUGGAGGACCAGGAGGUCAUAUUAGGCAAAAUGCAGGAUCCUGAGAAUGCAGUGGAGUUCAGAGACGCCACGUUGGCAUGGAAUAAAGCUCGGCCACCACAGACCAAAAGCGCAAAGCCACAGCCGGGCCAAAAGAGAGGAGGCAUGCGCCGGGUUCUCCGGAAGGAAAAGCUGAGUCUCUACAUUAGCUCGGAGGAUGAGAAAGCAAAAGGGCAAGAGGCCAAUGCAGAGCACCUCCUCACACACAUGGAGCAGGAGAGUCCACAGAGCACCAUCUCGUCCACCCAGAGCAUGCGUCCACCACUGCACAAAACCCUGCACCGCGUCCAGCUUAGAAUCCCCAAGGGUGCAUUUGUAGGAGUGUGUGGUGCUGUUGGCAGUGGGAAGAGCUCGUUGCUGUCUGCACUCCUGGGACAGAUGACCUUACUCGGGGGAUCGGUGGCUGCAAACGGGGGCUUCGCCUAUGCCGCACAACAGGCCUGGAUCCUCAACAGUUCCCUGAGGGAGAACAUUUUGUUUGGGAAAGAUUAUGAGGAGGAAAAGUAUAAUGCUGUUCUGGAGGCCUGCUGUUUAAUUCCUGAUAUCGCGGAGCUCCCUUACGGCGACAUGACCGAGAUUGGGGAACGAGGAGCCAACCUGAGCGGGGGCCAAAGACAAAGAGUGAGUCUCGCCCGGGCGCUUUACAGUGACAGAGCCAUCCUGCUGCUGGACGAUCCGCUCAGCGCCGUGGACGCGCACGUGGCUUCCCAUCUCUUCCACAGUGCCAUUCGCAGUGCAGCUGGAGCAAAGACCGUUAUAUUUGUUACACACCAACUCCAGUACCUGGCCGAGUGCGACGAGGUGGUGUUGAUGAAGGACGGGCAGAUUGCAGAACAUGGCACGCAUGCCCAGCUGAUGGCCCGAGGUCGUGACUAUGCGACGCUAUUCACCAGUGUACAGCAGGAGGUACAGUUUGCCACCACGCCUGGAGAAAACCACAAGAACCUAGUGUGGAAAAACUUGAAAAACCAGCAAGGGGUAGACUCAGCGCUAUGCUCUCCUGUCAUGGGUAUGGCAGCGAAGCAGCCCGCUGAGAGUACAAGAGGAGACCAGCUCAUGAAGGCUGAGGAGAAGGGCCAAGGGGCGGUCACCUGGGCUGUCUACGCUACUUACAUCAAGGCUGCAGGAGGACCCCUGGCUUUCAUUAUCAAUGUCCUGCUCUUCAUCCUGACCACAGGCAGCAUAGCCUUCAGUAACUGGUGGCUCAGCCACUGGAUCAAGCAGGGCAGUGGGAACAUAACAGUAUUCCAGGGGAACGAGAGCGUGACGAGUAGCAGUAUGCGCCUAAACCCCUACGUUCAGUACUACUCCAGCAUUUAUGCCCUGUCCAUGGGAGUGACGCUCUUCCUCAAGACUUUUCGAGGUGUCGUGUUCGUCAAGUGUACCUUGCGGGCAGCUUCAGCUCUCCACGAUAAGCUGUUUAAGACUCUCCUCCUCAGCCCAAUGCGUUUCUUUGAUACAACUCCCCUGGGACGCAUCCUGAAUCGCUUCUCCAAAGACAUCGAUGAAGUGGAUGUGCGACUGGCUGUUCAGAUGGAGUUGCUGCUGCAGAACAUGACAUUCGUGCUCUUCUGUCUUGGAGUGGUGAGCGCUGUUUUCCCAUGGUUCCUGUUCUCCAUCCUCCCUCUUGCAGCCUUCUUCUACAUCAUCAAUCGCAUCUCCAGGGUGCUAAUUCGUGAACUGAAAAGGUUGGAGAACAUCAGCCAAUCGCCUUUCACCUCUCACCUCACCAGCAGCCUGCAGGGUCUGUCCACUAUCCAUGCUUAUGGCAGAGGACCAGACUUUCUUCACAGAUUUCAAGAUCUGUUGGACACUAACCAGGCUGCCUACUACCUGUUCAGCUGUGCCAUGCGCUGGCUUGCUGUGCGCUUAGACAUUAUCAGUGUUUUACUUACCUCGGUCGUGGCUCUGUUGAUCGUCAUCAUGCACGGACACAUCUCUCCAGCGUACGCCGGUCUGGCCAUCUCCUAUGCCGUGCAGCUGACCGGUCUGUUUCAGUUCACGGUGAGACUUCUGUCUGAAAUGGAGGCUCGAUUUACAUCGGUGGAGAGGAUCAAUCAUUACAUCAAGAACCUGGAGAUGGAGGAACCUGAUCAGGUCAAAGACUCCUCUAUCCCUUCAUCUGAUUGGCCACAGAAAGGUAGCAUCAGCUUCCAGGAUGUGGAGAUGCGCUACCGGCCCGACCUGCCCCUGGUGCUGAAGAACCUGUGUUUUAAUGUUCUCCCAGAGGAGAAGGUGGGAAUCGUCGGUCGGACUGGCUCAGGUAAAUCUUCACUCGGCGUAGCACUUUUCAGACUGGUGGAGCUCAGCGGGGGAUCCAUCAUCAUCGACGGUGUCAACAUCGCUCACAUAGGCCUGGAAGCCUUGAGAAGCAAGCUGUCAGUCAUCCCCCAAGAGCCUGUUCUCUUUCUUGGUACUGUCAGGUCAAACCUUGACCCAUGGGGCCAGUACACAGACGCGCAGGUGUGGGAGGCGCUGGAGAAAACGCAUAUCAAAGACAUGGUGAGCCAGUUACCUCAUGGUUUUGACUCCGAGGUGACGGAGAACGGCGAGAACUUCUCAGUAGGGGAGCGGCAACUUCUGUGUGUGGCAAGAGCGCUGCUCAGACACAGCAAGAUUUUGGUUUUAGAUGAGGCAACAGCUGCCACUGACACAGAGACAGACCGGCUGAUUCAGGAGACCAUCCGCACGUCUUUCAGUGGCUGUACCACCCUGAUCAUCGCUCACCGCCUCAAUACUGUCCUCAGCUGUGACAGAGUUCUGGUGCUCGACCUGGGUCAGAUCCUGGAGUUCGACACCCCAGCAAAUCUUCUGGCGAAGGAGAACUCGUGUUUCCGUGCCAUGGUGGAGGCAGCGAACAGGAAUGUCGUCCAUUCGGAGAGAACUUGAGCAGCUGUUGGACACGCCGCUGGACUGGACACAAGACCGAGCGCUCUACCAAACCUCGCCUCGCGGAAUAAAUCUCCUGGACAAAGGGAACGUUUGUUGGGCGAUUAGAUCAGUGUUACUGUUCAGUGUUGUCCAGCGCUGACUAAAUUCAGUGUAUUCCAGCUCACAACUGGCUCGGGAAAAAUGAUCGUUUUUUUUUUUUAUUAUUAGUGCGCUAUAACUGUGACUCAGUUACAACUUUAUAGACUUUUGCAUUCGGUUUUAAUAAUGUUUUAGGAGAAAUUUCUAUUGUUUUGAAUUUUUUAAUUAUGUUAAGAAAUGAGGACAAUUUCAGGUAUGGGCAUUUGUGCUGAGUAUGGAAUAAAGUUUUUCAAAUAAUGUUCUUAUAAUGCAGGCAGUAGCAAAUUUUGCACAUAAAAAAUAUUUAUUUUCAGUGUUAAUGAGCAAUGGCCUUUGAAAUACUUGAGAGAUUAAAAAAAAAAACAUGCGGUGCUUCGUAAAAGCUGCAGUAAUGCACAAGAUGACAUGCAGUCUGUAAAGAAAACAAAGGGAAAAAAAGAAACAGACAGGUCAGUCAUUCCAUUUAAGUUAGCACUACAAAGCAGCGGAGUAUGCCUCUGAGGGUUUAUUUCUGCUCAUAAGCUUCAUGUUGUGCCUAAUGCGUUGUGCAAUCAGUGUCUGCGUUUGGGUGAUGGGAAAGCAUACAGCUGGGGUUUUAGCUUUAGCUUUCUUGAGUGCUUUAUGAUUCCUCGCGCUGUCCUCCUUUUUCGGCUCUGUUCUCCACACGUGGUUGCUAAAUCAAGACGUUUAAGCGACUCGGCCCUCUCAGGAUGAGCGGAGUCUGUAGAGGCUCUCACAGCAAGCCAUAAUGAAUCCUGUAAAAAAUAAAAUCAAACAAUUCCACCUGACAUCUGCAACUUGCACAAGUUUUUUUUUUUUUUUUUUGUAAACGUGUUUCUUUCUGUCUAAUCUCAGUAGCUGUUGCAGUUUCGGAGGUAAUACUCUUGCACAUGUGCAGGUGUCUGCAAUCACACGACAAUAAUGCAGGAGGUGUUCUUUUUUCUCUGCUAUGCUCUGAUAUUCAGAUAUUCCUCCGGGAGAGGUUUUGAUGGAAGCUGAAUGUUUAAUUAGACUGAGGACAAAAGCUACGUGCUGUAUGAUUUAUU